GCAAAAAUGAAGAUUUUAGUGCUACUUUGUUUUGUUGUUGUUGGUGUAGUAACUGGAAAGGGAAAAAUCAAUGAAGAAGACAUGGCAAAAUUGUUAAAAUUGUCUGAAGAAUGUAAGAAAGAAACCGGCAUUGAUGAAACAAUUAGUAAAAAAGCCAGAAUGGGCGAAUUUGUGGAGGAUGCAAAAUUAAAAGAACAAAUUUUUUGUGUCAACAAAAAAUCUAAAAUCCAGGACGAAAGUGGAAAAUUUUUGAUCGAGAACAUAAAAAGUUAUAUAAAUAAAUAUACAAACAGUAUGGACAAAACGAAUGAAAUAGUUGAAAAGUGUUUUAAGGAAAAGGAUACAGCACAACAAUCUGCAUUUGAAGCUGCUAAAUGCAUGCACCCUAUGGUUGCAUAAAUACCUAACAUAUAACAAUAUAUUUUAAUAUCGUUGAA